AUGGCCACCGGAAUCGAUGCCGAGGCACCUCACAACAACUUCGACACCAUCUUGGUGUUGGAUUUUGGCAGCCAGACCAGCCAUCUGAUUCUCCGACGCCUGCGAGCCCUCAGUGUUUAUGCUGAGAUGCUCCCCUGCACCACCAAGCUUGCCGAUCUCACCUGGAAGCCCAAGGGUAUCGUCUUGUCUGGAGGUCCCUCCUCCGUUUAUGACGAAGGCUCGCCUCAAGACGUUGACCCCGCCGUCUUUGAGCUUGGUGUUCCGAUCCUUACUAAUUACUCGAGUUUAGCUAUGGCUGCCAGGCAAGCUUUUCAUUGUGAAAUUGCUUGGCAGACUGACUCUGCGAACGUUGCUCGUGGAACUGCUCGAGAGUACGGUCACGCUGACGUCACGAUCCACAAGGUUGACAACCAUGUCGACCGUCUCUUCGCUGGUCUGGGUGAGACUAUGCAUGCCUACAUGAGCCACUUCGACAAGCUCGUCCGCCUGCCCGAGGGAUUCGUUGUUGUGGCCAAGACUGCCAACUCCGAGUUUGCCGGGAUCGCUCACCAGUCAAAGCCUAUCUUUGGCGUGCAAUUCCACCCAGAACUCGAACACACUCCCCGUGGAAGCGAGCUCUUGCGCAACUUCAGUGUCGACAUUUGCGGAGCUCAACCCAACUGGGUCAUGAGUGACUUCAUCGAGCAGGAGAUUGCUCGUAUCAGGAAGCUUGUUGGCGACAAGGCCCAGGUUAUUGGAGCUGUCUCUGGUGGCGUAGAUAGCACAGUGGCCGCCAAGCUUAUGAAGGAGGCGAUUGGUGACCGCUUUCACGCUGUCCUCAUCGACAACGGCUUGAUGCGCCUCAACGAGUGCGAACAGGUGAAGGAGACUCUUCAACAGCAUCUCGGAAUCAACCUUACAGUAGUCGAUGGCGCCGAGCUCUUCCUCGGCCGCCUCAAGGGCAUCAGAGAGCCCGAGAAGAAGCGCAAGAUUAUUGGAGAGACCUUUAUCGACCUAUUUGAGAAAGAGGCCGUCAGAAUCGAGAAGGAAGCAGAGAACACCCCCAACGCUGGAAAGGUCUCUUGGUUCCUCCAGGGAACGCAAGUGGUUUGUGUACCAGGGAAGACUGACCUAACUAUCCGCAUCACAACGUCGGUGGUCUUCCCAAGGCAACGAAUGAUGGACGGCCUCUUGGAGCCUUUGCGCGAGCUCUUCAAGGAUGAAGUCAGAGCACUUGGUAGGCGUCUUCAGAUUCAUGAGGACCUCGUGAAUCGACAUCCUUUUCCCGGACCUGGCAUCGGAGUUCGUGUCUUGGGAGAUAUUACCCCCGAACGAGUCGAGAUCGCGAGAAAGGCCGACCACAUCUUCAUCUCCAUGAUCAAGGAGGCCGGAAUCUACAACGAGGCAAGUCCACUGGCACUAAUGUCCCAAGCCUACGCUGGCUUGGAUACCAACAAGGCUGUUGGCGUCAUGGGAGACACCCGUGUCUAUGGAUACAUCGUCAUCCUCCGAGCUGUCACAACUAGUGACUUCAUGAGCGCCGAACCCUACGAGUUCUCCUUCAAAUUGCUCAAGGCCAUGGCUCGCAGAAUCGUCAACGAGGUGGAUGGAGUCUCUCGAGUCACAUAUGACCUUUCUUCGAAGCCCCCCGGAACCAUCGAACUGGAGUAG